CUGCUGAGGUCUUCAGUGAACAUACCCUCCCUGCCCCAGGUUGUCACGGAAUUGAGGCCACUAAACCUCAGCUGUCCCCUGGAAUAAGUCAAGAGGAGUGUGAAGCAGAGCAGAAGCCUGAGCCAGUCUGAGAGCACAAGGGCCUCUUCUCCCAGGGAUUGACAUGGCCUGGCUGAUGACAACACAGCUGUUGCUCCUAGUGUGGGUGGUUGCUUGGGGUGCCCAGACCAGGGUUAUUCGCGCCAGGACCGAACUUCUCAAUGUCUGCAUGGACGCCAAACACCACAAGGAAAAGCCAAGCCCCGAGGACAAGUUGCAUGAGCAGUGCAGUCCCUGGAAGAAGAACUCCUGCUGCUACUCCAACACCAGCCAGGAAGCCCAUAAGGAUAUUUCCUACCUAUAUGGAUUCAACUGGAACCACUGUGGAGAGAUGGCACCUGCCUGCAAACGGCACUUCAUCCAGGACACCUGCCUCUAUGAGUGCUCCCCUAACUUGGGGCCCUGGAUCCAGCAGGUGAACCAAAACUGGCGCAAAGAGCGGAUCCUGGAUGUGCCCCUGUGCAAAGAGGAUUGUCAGCGUUGGUGGGAGGAUUGUCAAACCACCUUCACCUGUAAAACCAACUGGCACAAAGGCUGGAACUGGACCUUAGGGUAUAACCAGUGUCCCGUGGGAGCUGCCUGCCACCCCUUCCACUUCUACUUCCCUACACCUGAGGCUCUGUGUGAGGAAAUCUGGAGUCACUCCUACAAAGUUAGUAACUACAGCCGAGGAAGUGGCCGUUGCAUCCAGAUGUGGUUUGACCCCGCCCAGGGCAACCCCAAUGAGGAGGUAGCCAGGUUCUAUGCAGAGGCCAUGAGUGGGGCUGGGCUCCCCAGGGCCUGGCCUCUCCUGCUCAGCCUGGUCCCAAUGCUGCUCAGGAUGCUCAGCUGAGUUCCUUUUUUUUCUUUUGAUACCUGGGCCUCCCACAGCUCCCAGCUCUUCAGUUCUUGCUCCAAGGUGGGGCCUCUGAGAGCCAGUUUAAAUAAAACAGACACUCCGCA